GGGUAGUAGCUUUUCUUGUAGAGGGCGAUGCGAGAUGCGUACAGGGCCAAAGUUUCGUGCCUCGAACUGUGGUUUUCGUCGAUUGGGGUUUGAUCGGCUGCAGGAGGUUCAGGCUGUUAGGGAGAACGCAGCUGAUGACAACAACAAUACGCCAGGUUAUAGCCUCGGCCUUAGGAACAAAUGUACACUACUAGUUCAAAGUGAGGUAUCGAGUCUACCAGUGGCGGCGGGAACAGUGCAGCCUUCCGCCUCCAGUAGCCCCCCAAGCAUGCUUCUUCUUCAAACGCAGCCGCCGUUUGGUCCCAGCAGCUUCGCCGAAUUGCUGAAUGCGCCCUUCGCAGAAGAGCCCAGCGCGGCCCUUUCCUCCGAAGACCUCGACAGCCCUUUUGCAGAAGUCCUGCACUCGCCGUUGCCUCUGCCAAGCUUCCAGGAGACCUACUCGGUGCGCUACACAGCACCCUUUAAGAUGGACGAGGAGUGCUUUGACGUGUCCUACCAACACCCACCAACCGCCCACCACUACGAGUACCACCAAGCACAGUUCUCAACAGCCCCGAGCCCCUACUACCCACCUCCUACCUCCCAGGAGCCACCAGCGCCCCUGGAAACAACCUACUCCCCAGCACAAGAGGGCCCGAUUCCACAGAAGACCACCUACUCCCCAGCGCAAGAAUGCCCAAUUCCACAGAAGACAACCUACUUGCCAGCGCAAGAGGGAUUGGAGGGCCCGAUAUCACAGGAGACCUACUCACUGCCCGGUUAUCGGUCUUCUUCUGCGACGACUGAGUUGCGCGUUGCGACUGCGCCGAUUGCCAAGCAGAGACGAGCGUCGCUGCCUUUGCAAAGGUCGGAUUCUACCAGUAGCAGCGAGAGUCCCAAAUUGAGGAUAGGUCCGAUCCCCUCGGUGUGCUCCUCAGCCAGCAGCAGCCCCGGCGGCCCCGCCGACCCCCUCACCCUCCCCCCCUCCUCCUCCAAGACAUCCACCCCCUCCUCCCCCUCCCAGCUGUGCGCCGUCUGCGGAGACACGGCGGCCUGCCAGCACUACGGCGUGCGAACCUGCGAGGGCUGCAAGGGCUUUUUCAAGCGCACUGUACAGAAGGGCUCCAAGUACGUGUGUCUGGCCGACAAGGCUUGUCCGGUGGACAAGCGCCGACGCAACAGGUGCCAGUUCUGCCGGUUCCAGAAGUGCCUAGCCGUCGGAAUGGUUAAAGAGGUGGUGAGGACAGACUCGUUGAAAGGUAGAAGAGGUAGGCUGCCUUCGAAACCAAAAUCACCGCAGGAAUCUCCCCCCAGUCCGCCUGUGUCUCUGAUAACGGCCUUGGUGCGGGCCCACGUCGAUACCACUCCAGAUUUCUCCAACCUGGACUACUCCCAGUACCUGGAACCGUCCCCCGUAGAACCCAACAUCGCUGAGGCCGAGAAGAUCCAGCAGUUCUACACUUUACUCAGUACUUCUGUCGAUGUUAUUAGGCACUUUGCGGACAAAAUCCCAGGUUACCAGGAUUUGUGUCCCGAAGACAGAGACCUCCUCUUUCAGUCCGCAUCCUUGGAGCUUUUCGUGUUGAGGUUGAGCUAUAGGACGCAUCCGAACGACACUAAGUUGACGUUCUGCAACGGGGUGGUGCUCGAUAUGCAGCAGUGUCAAAGGUCUUUCGGGGACUGGAUGAACGCCAUCAUGGAAUUCUGCGCUGGGUUGCAUUCUAUGGAGAUAGACAUAUCGGCGUUCGCUUGUCUUUGUGCCCUCACUCUCAUAACAGACCGUCAUGGUCUGAGAGACCCCCACCGAGUGGAGCAGCUGCAAAUGAAAAUCAUCUCCUCGCUGCGCGACCACGUGACCUACAACGCGGAGGCGCAGCGCAAGUCGCACUACUUCAGCCGGCUGCUGGGCAAGCUGCCCGAGCUGCGGUCGCUGAGCGUGCAAGGGCUGCAGCGGAUCUUCUACCUGAAGCUGGAGGACCUGGUGCCGGCGCCACCCUUGAUCGAGCGGAUGUUCGUGGCGAGUCUGCCCUUUUGAGGGGGGUUGUGAGGGAGGGUUUGGAGCAGGUUUGAUGGAUGACCGACUGUUGAGGUCAACAAUGUUACUUUUAUGGUUUGUUUGAGGUGAAUGAUUGCACUGUUUCAGAGUGUUCGUGUUUAAUAAUAGGAUUUGCCACAAAGAAUAUAAAAAAUUGUCUACUCGUACGGGGUCGCGUCACUUUCGCUUUAUGUCAAAUGUUACAUAUAUUUUUUGCCUCUUGUAAUACCACUAGGGGUUAAAUUAUUUCCGAAACAUUUUUCGAGCUCAAGGAUAUUUUGAAAACUAUUCCGAGUCGAAGACGAGGAAAAUAAUUUAACCUCGUGCGGUAUUCGGAAAAAAAUUCACAGAUUGUGUUUGAGAAUUGAAUAAUUUCAGAAUUUAUGUAUUUAUUCGAUUUUUAUAUAGGUUCAUGAAUAAAUUAUUUUUUCAAUUUAUAUGAGAUGAAGUAUCAAAAAAAAAAUUAUUUUAUUCCAGUAGCUUUUUCAUGCUACUACCUUUCAAUCACUAAUUAUUGACAAAAAAUUUUCUUCAGAGAAUAAUAAUCCCCCCUUCAAAUUUCGAUUUUUUGAUGCAAAGUUAAUGUAUCGUUUAGCGUUCAGGAGCAAAAUUCAUUCAAAUGGGUUUUUUCAGUAGUAAAAUGAUGCCAAAGCCAUCAAUAAAAGCAUCAUCCAAUUAUAUAUGGAUAUAAAAAUACCAAGGACUAAAAUUUGCAAUAGAACGUUCAAAGAUACACAUGUGUGUAAAAUAGGAAUAGAUACAACUUUUUUCAGUAAACUUUUUGAAAUUCAAACAAAUGAGCCUAUUUUCAGCGAUAAACU